AUGGCUGUAUCAAAGGGAUUGGUGAUUUUUGUCUUGCUGUAUAUUUCCACACAGGGUGCAGCUAUAACAGCAUCCGUGUUCUCAACAACAUCCAGAAGUACCACUCUCCGAUGGAGCAAGUUUCCUGGAGCCAACUCAUACCUGGUCACGGUGCACGAAAAAUCCUCAUCAGACGUGGUUGCUUUUGCCCAGUUUGGUGCAAACACGGUGAUGGGCACUGUCAACUCUCUGUACCCAAACACUGUGUAUGAGUUUACGAUCGAAGCUUUGGAUAGUAGCCAACAAAGACUGGAUGUUAUAGUUGUUGAGUCAACAACAGCACCUCCGUUAAUGGAGCCCAUCCAGAAAGUCAAGCCAAAGGAUAGCGAGAGCUUAAUUGUUGAAUUUAAUUUGGUCACCGGAGCAAUUCAUUACAUCAUACGGAUCCAAAGUUCUGGUGGUUUUUAUAGAGAAGACACAGUUUACUCCUCCCCUGCUGAGAUCAGUUCCCUCUCACCGUACACUGAGUACACGCUGAGCAUGAUGGCGGUGAAUGAUGGAGGCCGCAACCAGCCGUCUCCUUCUGUGACUGGAAAGACAGUUUUGGCACCUCUUGAGCUCUCUGCCUCGUCUCCCAGUAACGACAGUAUUGUUGUAUCCUGGGACCUCAUUGACAAUGCUGUCCAGUACACCUUAAUCAUGUACCAGGUUGGCUCCAACAACACCAUAGAACAGAACACCACCAGUACCAAUUUGACCAUCUCUGGACUGGAAGCCGGCAGACUGUACAUAAUCAUGGGCUAUGGCUGGGAUCCUGAACAGAGACAGGGAGAGGGAAGUUCUUACAUCAACCAGACCACACGUCCUCCAAUGCCAGUUUCCAUUCAUGUCUCUGUGGUGGUGAGUGAUGAGGCUGCACUGUCUGUCUCCUGGGAAUUCAAUCAGGAAGUUUAUGGACACAUUGAGUACCAUGUGAUGAGUGAUCAGAAGCACACUUGUAACUCCACAUCAAGCUACUGCAUCCUGUCACCAGUGGGCUGUGGAGAGAUGCACACUAUCCAGGUUACUGCUUCCAAUGAAGCCGGGCCCGGCUAUCCAUCUAGCCCCUUUAACUUCAUCACCUUUCCCUGCCCACCUGAAUCUUUAGCUGUGGUUGAGUCAGUGGAAGCAAACUGCACUAUGUCUUGGGAUAUGGUACCUUAUGCUGACAGCUACACGGCCUACAUAAAGAUAGGUGAUGGCAGUGAGGAGACAUGCAACACCACCGGCAACAACUGCACCUUCCACUGCCAAUGUGGCUACACACACCUGUUGUCUGUGUUUGCCUUCAAUGACGCUGGCCCGAGUCCCCAAGGACCAGUGAUCAACCACACCACAUUGCCCUGUUGUCCAGAGGAUGUAUCCGUCUCCCUGGUGAGCACAGAAACUCUGGAGAUCACAUGGACAGCAUCAAUGGGGGCAGACUUGUAUGAGACCCGGGCAGCAGAUAAUUCAGAGGUCAUCCUGUGCAAUGAUACAGCACCGGUGUGCGCCCUCUCUGACCUCAGCUGUGAUAGUCCCUACAGUGUGGUUGUGACACCCUGCAACGAUAUCAGCGGUUGUAAUCGUGCAUGCCAAUAUCACACUAAAGACACAGCUCCUUGCAUGCCGAUGAAUAUGCAGCUUCAUCACAAAAACUCUUCCUGUGUCACUGUAAGCUGGACAGCAAACAACCGUGCUGCCAAUUACAGCGUAAGCGCGGUCGGAGCGGAUGGUAUACACACCUGCAUGUCUAGUGGAAGUAGCUGUGACAUCACAGGUCUUCCUUGUGGGUCCAUCUAUGAGGUGACCACCAUAGCAACAAGCGCUGCAGGACAAAGUUUACCCAGCUACUCUGAAACAUUAGAAACAGAACCCUGUUGUCCAGUCAGUCUCACUGUGGACCAGGCCACUCAAGCGAUGAGCAACCUCUCAUGGUCUCACGCUAAAGGCGCUUACUCAUUUAUGGCCUCUUUGACAUCACCGCGUGGUGACGCUAGAUGCCACACCCAGGACCACCACUGCCUCAUGGGAUGCAUCACCUGUGGCACAAACUACACAGUCACCAUGGAGGUUUAUAGCCACAGUGGACGCAGUGCCAACUGCACCUAUGAGGGCUUCUCAUCCAGUGCAUGUUGUCCGUCAGGUGUUAGGCUGUACAAGAUGGCUGGAAACUCACUGCGAGUGCAUUGGCGCACCACUGGCGGCAGCCACCAUUACGUAGCUGAGAUGCUGGGCAGCAAUAACUACACUUGCAUAUCUGCAGGGGAGAACAGUUGCGAAGUUCCAAAUGUCCAAUGUGGGGAAAUGUAUCACAUCGUGGUAUCCCCACUGACAACAGACGGAAGCAAAGUCUCAUUCUGUUCUCAGAGGCUUUACUCAGUCACAUGCUUGGGAAGUGAUGUCGGCACAGUGCUUUACAGAGGAAAGAGAAGUGUGGAUGAGCAGAUACCCUCUGUCAUAUAAUGUAACAAGCUCAAUGUUCUUCAUCAUCAUCAUCAUGCUCCUGCAAUAUCCAUCCUCUUCCUCUGAAUGCAAAUGAGAACAGCCAGUUGUAAACUUUCAGGGUUCACAAAAACAGUAAUGUACAUCCAUUUCAAGUGGAAAACCUCCAUUGCUGGGCCUCAAUAGUAUUUGGACAAAGUGGCAUUAUUUUAAUACAAUCAUUAUUUUUAAUAUAUAACCUACACAGGCAUGUUUUUUGAAAAUAUGUUAAUAAAUCAUUGUUGCUUUGUGGUUGCCGAUAUUAUAAGCAAUUUAUUUUUUUGACUAAAUUAAGCAUUUUCAAACAUUAAAAAAAAUGAGGUUGAACAUGAACACUAUUGAGUGCCUUUGUUAUCAAAUGCCCUGUGCU